ACUGCGUGAUUUGUGCUUUGACGUUUGACAUUCAGCUCAUCUGGUAUCCAAAUCUACGUGUUUUUUUCGAAAAUUUGUUGAAAAAUAUUCCAAAUGGAUAAUCUGGACGACCGACUACAAAACAUAGCGCUCAAUGCGAAUGAACCACAAAAUAACGAUGGAGACAAGUGGGGAAUGCCGCUGAAGGAACUCUAUCGGCUAGCAAUGACUUUUUACAAAGACAAAUCCGGCAAAGCAGUUCACUUCAGCUACGAAGACAAUUUGAAAUUGGUGGCCUUCACGCAACAGGCUUCGCAUGGACCGUUAGACUUACAAAAUGCAUCACCACUGGGCGUACUCGAUGUGAUUGGUCGUGAUCGACGAAUGGCCUGGCAACAAUUGGCAAAAAUUAGCAAACCUCAGGCGAUGGAAGGUUUCGUGGACCUGCUGGAUCGGCUCUGUCCCCUAUUCAAACCGUACGUCGAAGCGAUAAAGAAAGAUCGGGAGGAGAAACAUCGGCUGGCCAUCGAAAAUGAACAAAAGGAACGAGAGCAGCAAAAAAUCGAAGAACAGCGAUCCGAAGAACAACGCAAAGCCGAAGAACAAAAGAAUCGCGAAGAAGUGCAGAAGCGACAGUUGCAAGACGCCCUCAACCAGCAGACAUUUCACCAGUUCAAAGCGUACGCCGAGAAGCAAUUUCCCGGUAAUCCCGAGCAGCAAGCGGUCCUCAUUCGGCAAUUGCAAACGGAACACUAUCACCAGUACAUGCAACAAUUGCAACUGGUCGAAAGUGUGGACCGGCGAAGCAUUGAUGGUGAACCGUUGAGUCAGUCGAUUGACGGUGCUAGUCAGACACAGAUCGUUUCGGAGGAGCAACAGUGUGAUAGUGAUCAAGAUGAAUAUCCGGUUGUAUCGCCGGCCACGAUGUGGACGCGACCGGAUAUUGAAGCAUUCAAACAGGAAGUGUCGGCUGGCAAAGGUGAUGGUGUCAUUCGGGUUGGGCACGGUGACACCGUAACGGUUCGUGUUCCUACGCAUGGCAAUGGAAGUAGUUUAUUCUGGGAAUUCGCCACCGACAGCUACGAUGUGGGAUUCGGAGUGUUUUUCGAGUGGGGCAAACCCAUGACCACCGAAGUUUCAGUUCAUAUUAGCGAAAGUGAUGACGAAGAUGGUCUGGACGAUGAAGAUGGUAGGCUUGCGUUUUUUGAGCUGAAAAAUAUUUUUAACUUUUCAUUUUCUGUUAAAGAACUUCAUUCAUCCGAUGAUCUCGAAUCGGGACCACAUCAGCGAGACCAUACGCCGCCAUCAGUCGGUCGUAGUCGACCGUUAAUCACCAGUAUUAUUCCGGUUUAUCGAAGAAACUCAGAAUCGGAGGUUUACGUUGGUUCCCACAAUUAUCCCGGCGAGGGCGUCUACCUUCUGAAAUUCGACAAUUCGUACAGUCUAUGGCGAUCUAAAACAUUGUACUAUCGCGUCUACUACACACGAUAAACGCUGCGUCGCAUUUGAUAUCGUCGAAUCGAGUCAUGAAGUGACUAAACGGAUGGCGGAUGCGUUGGUUUUUUUUCAUAUUUUUAAUUUAAAAUUUAUUUUCUAUGCACAAAAUCACCCAAUUCUAUCAUCAAGGAAAACAAUUAUUUAUCAAAAAUACAAAGAAACAAAAUACAAAAAAUGUUAGCAAAACUCUACCUGGCAUCAAAUCUAUCUAGAAAUUUACUGCAGACUAUAAAUGGUGAAAAUCGAUAAUUGAGUGUUGUUGUCGUUUAGAUUGUGCUGUACAAUGGCGAAGUAAAAAAAAAAAUGAAAAUUGUGAGACCACAACUGGUGCAAUAAAUGACUGGAAUUUUAAUGUAAA